CGAUUACAUCGGUGAUGGUGAAAGAAGAAUCACGUCAGUAUGCCGCCAGGCUUCUUGCCAUCAUUACAAUCAUCAUCAUCAUCAUCAUUGAAUAAAUUUAUUAUUUAUCAAAUUUUGCGUGUUUUAAUGUCAAGUUUAUUUACCGAUUAAAUAAACAAAGUACAUUAAAAAACCACAAUAAAAUAAAUAAAUAAAUUAUUGUUUUUUUUUUUUUUUUAAAUUAUAUUAAUUAUUAAAAUAUCUAUAUAAAAAAUUUUGAUAAUAGAAAAAAUUAUGUUUUCAAGUGUCAAUAGUUUUGUGAUAUUUUUUAUAAUAUUUGCUGGAAAUCAGUUAAAAUCUGAUGCCGCAGUAGUAAUAAAUUCAAACAAUCAUGAUAAUGAUCCAACAAUAUUAAAAUCAUCAAGUUUUGAUUAUUUGGAUGAGCCUGAUUUAACUGAUUGGUUGAAACAUCCCUGUCGUCGUGAUUGCGUCAAAGAUGAAAUUCCCAUGGAUUGUUACUAUUCAUUUAACGUUGAGUCUUAUCGAUCAAUGAGUAAAGCAUGCUACAAUUGUCCAUUAAAUAUAACAGAUUGUUAUCGUCCACAUUGUAUACCUGUUGAUGGUAUUAAACGUUCAAUGCAAGUUGUUAAUCGUCAAAUGCCUGGACCAUCAAUUGAGGUAUGUCAAGGUGAUAGAAUAAUUGUUGAUGUUACAAAUUCAUUAAUUGCUGAAAGUACAACUUUACAUUGGCACGGUCAACAUCACAGGACAACACCAUAUAUGGAUGGUGUACCUUAUGUUACACAGUGUCCAAUUCCACCUGGUGCAACAUUCAGAUAUCAUUAUCCAGCAGCCACACCUGGGACACAUUUUUGGCAUUCACAUUCAGGAUUUCAAAGAAGUGAUGGAGUAUUUGGAUCAUUAAUUGUACGAAUACCAAAAGACAAAGAUCCAUUUAAUGAUCUUUAUGAUUUUGAUGAACACACGAUAAUUAUACUUGAUUGGGAUCAUGAAAGUGGAGUUGAUAAAUUUUUAGCUCAUCAUCAUUCUGAUGGUGAUAAUAAACCACCAACUUUACUUGUCAAUGGUCUAGGACGUUAUCAAAAAUUAAAUGAUAGUCAUGAUGCUUAUCUUAAAGAUAUGCCACUCGAAAAAUUUCAUGUUCAACAGAAUUUUAGAUAUCGAUUUCGUUUGAUAAAUGCAGAAUUUUUAAAUUGUCCAAUUGAAGUGUCAGUUGAUAAUCAUACAAUUUACAUUGUCGCUACAGAUGGAAAUAAUAUUGAACCAGUUGAAGUUGAGUCAUUUGUUACGUAUGCGGGUGAACGUUUUGAUUUUAUUAUCAUGAUGGAUCAGGAUGUGGGUAACUAUUGGAUGAGAUUCCGGGGACUAAUGGAUUGUGAUAAAAGAUUUACAAGUGCUCAUCAAGUUGCAAUAUUAAGCUAUCAAGGUGCUGAUGAUAAUGAACCAAAUGAUAAUGUCGCUUAUGACAUACCAUUGUCACAUCCAAGUUUCGAAAAUCAAACAAUUUUGCAAUUAAAUUCUCUAAAUAAAGGCACUGAAUCACUUGACUCAAUUAGCAUGCCACUCCUAGAAUCACUCGAACCAAAUGACGAAUCAAAUACACGUGAGCCUGAUUAUCAAUUUUAUUUGUCUUAUGAUUUUUAUGACAAGGACAACUCAAACUUUCAUCGUAAAGAUCUUUAUGGAUUUCAUCAAGUUAACAGUAAAAAAGGAAGAGUUUAUACUCCUCAAUUAAAUCAUAUAACAAUGAAAUUACCAAGUUUUCCAUUAUUAUCACAACGUGAAUUAAUAAAAGAAGAUCAAUUUUGUAAUUCAAGUAGUGUUAAAAAUUGUAAAAAUGUAUUUUGUUCAUGUACACAUGUAUUACAAGUUAAAUUGAACAGUGUUGUUGAGGUAAUAAUGGUUGAUGAAGGUUUUACAUUUGAUGCAAACCAUCCAUUUCAUCUUCAUGGUCAUAAUUUUCGUGUUGUUGCAAUGGCAAAAGUUGGAAAAAAUGUUACUGUCAAGGAAGUUCAAAGACUUGAUUCUUUAGGUCUAAUAAAACGUCGUCUUGAAAGAGCACCACUCAAGGACACUGUUACUGUACCAGAUGGUGGUUAUACUGUAAUUCGCUUUCACGCAUCAAAUCCUGGAUAUUCAUUGAUGCAUUGUCAUUUAGAACAUCAUUCUAUGGUUGGAAUGAUGGUGAUUUUCAAAAUAGGUACACAUGAAGAAAUGCCACCAGUACCAGAUAAUUUUCCUCGUUGUGGUGACUGGAAACCACAAGCUCCACCAGAAAUUUCAUCGAAAAAAAUUUUAACAUAUGAAAAAACAACAACAAAUGAUUUGUUUAGUGAAAAUGAUGUCAAUGGAUUAUUAAGAAAUAUUGCUGAAACAUUAAAGAGCUCAUCAGAUGGUCAAUAUGUCAUUAAGCAUUGUCUUAAAAUUAUCAGUUUUACAUUAUUAUUUAUUGUGACUGUUAAUUUUAAUUUUUAUUGAUGUUAAUAUUUACUAACUGAUUUAAAUUCUCAGUAUUGUUUCGGUAUUCAUUGAUCAUUAAUCACUAGUCUUGAUAAUUAAGUGAUAAGGAGCUUUUUAUUUUUUCAAAUAAUGAUAAUAAUAAUAGUAUUGCUAAUAAGUAUAAUAAAAUUUAUGAGAUUCAGGCAAAUAAUAAGAUUAGAUUAUACAUUAUAAUUCCAACUGGAAUUUUUUAUUUAUUUAAUCGUUCAUUUGUGUAAAUUAAAAAAUAAUAAACGAUGAAGUUGUAUAAAAUAAAAAAUUAAUUAUUUACUGGA